GCCAGAACGCUAGGGGCGGGGUCUCCGCGCCUGCGCAGUGGAGCUGGGCGCCCGCGGGGCUGGCGCUUCCGAGGGUCGGGUUUGGCGCGCGGGCGACCGGAUGGCGGAGCCCCAGGCUGAGUCGGAGCCCCUGCUGGGCCGGGGCCGCGGCGGUGGCGGCGACUGUCCGGCGGGGCUGACCACUUGCCGCAGCAUCCAAGUCGGGCCUGGUGCUGUGGCCCAGUGGGACCUCUGCAUUGAUCAGGCUGUGGUCUUCAUCGAAGAUGCUAUUCAGUACCGUUCCAUCAACCAUCGGAUGGAUGCCAGCUCCCUGUGGCUUUACCGACGGUAUUACUCGAACGCGUGCCAACGGACUUUGAGCUUCACCAUCUUCUUGAUCCUGUUUUUGGCUUUUGUUGAGACCCCGUCCUCGCUCACCCGCACGGCGGAUGUACGCUACCGCUCAGCACCCUGGGAACUGCCCUGCGGCCUGACUGAGAGCAUCGAGGUGCUCUGUCUGCUGGUCUUUGUGGCUGACCUAUCUGUGAAGGGCUACCUGUUUGGGUGGGCACAUUUCCAGAAGGACCUUUGGCUGCUGGGCUACCUGGUGGCGCUGGUCGUGUCUCUGGUGGACUGGACCGUGUCCCUGAGUCUCGUGUGUCAUGAGCCCCUGCGAGUCCGCCGGCUCCUCCGUCCCUUCUUCCUGCUGCAGAACUCCUCCAUGAUGAAGAAGACCUUGAAAUGCAUCCGCUGGUCGCUGCCAGAAAUGGCCAGCGUCGGGCUGCUGCUGGCCAUCCACCUGUGCUUCUUCACCAUGUUCGGGAUGCUGCUGUUUGCCGGUGGGAAGCAGGACGAUGGGCAGGACAGGGAGAGGCUGGCCUACUUCCGGAACCUGCCUGAGUCUCUGACUUCCCUCUUGGUGCUGCUGACCACGGCCAACAACCCUGACGUGAUGGUUCCUGCGUAUUCCAAGAACCGGGCCUAUGCCAUCUUCUUCAUAGUCUUUACUGUGAUAGGAAGCCUGUUUCUGAUGAACCUGCUGACGGCCAUCAUCUACAGUCAGUUCCGUGGCUACUUGAUGAAAUCUCUCCAGACCUCACUGUUUCGGAGGCGGCUGGGGACCCGGGCUGCCUUCGAAGUCCUGUCCUCCGUGGCGGGGGAGGAGGGAGCCUUCCCUCAGGCAGCUGGCGUGAAGCCCCAGAAGUUGCUGCAGGUGCUUCAGAGGAUCCAGCUGGACAGCUUCCACAAAGAGGCCAUGAUGGAGCAGGUGCGCGCCUACGGUAGUGUCCCGCUGUCGGUCGAUGAGUUUCAGAAACUAUUCAACGAGCUUGACAGGAGUGUGGUUAAAGAGCACCCGCCGAGGCCCACGUACCAGUCCCCAUUUCUGCAGAGCGCCCAGUUCCUCUUUGGCCACUACUACUUCGACUACCUGGGGAACCUCAUCGCCCUGGCAAACCUGGCGUCCAUUUGCGUGUUCCUGGUGUUGGAUGCAGACGUGCUGCCUGCUGAGCGCGAUGACUUCGUCCUGGGGAUUCUCAACUGCGUCUUCAUCGUGUACUACCUGCUGGAGCUGCUGCUCAAGGUCUUUGCCCUAGGCCUGCGAGGGUACCUGUCCUACCCCAGCAACGUGUUUGACGGGCUCCUUACCGCGGUCCUCCUGGUUCUGGAGAUCUCAGCUCUGGCUGUGUACCGAUUGCCGCAACCAGGCUGGAGGCCGGAGAUGCUGGGCUUGCUGUCGCUGUGGGACAUGACCCGCAUGCUGAACAUGCUCAUCGUGUUCCGUUUCCUGCGUAUCAUCCCCAACAUGAAGCCGAUGGCCGUGGUGGCCAGCACCGUCUUGGGCCUGGUGCAGAACAUGCGUGCGUUUGGCGGGCAUCUUGGUGGUGAGUCCCGGCUGCUGCUGGUGGUCUACUACGUAUUUGCCAUCAUUGGGAUCAGCUUGUUUAGAGGCGUGAUUGUGGCUCCUCCUGGAAACAGCAGCCUGGCCCCUGCCAAUGGCUCCGCCCCCUGUGGGAGCUUCGAGCAGCUGGAGUACUGGGCCAACAACUUCGAUGACUUUGCGGCUGCCCUGGUCACUCUGUGGAACCUGAUGGUGGUGAACAACUGGCAGGUGCUUCUGGAUGCCUUUCGGCGCUACUCCGGCCCGUGGUCCAAGAUCUAUUUUGUGUUGUGGUGGCUGGUGUCGUCGGUCAUCUGGGUCAACCUGUUUCUGGCCCUGAUUCUGGAGAACUUCCUUCAUAAGUGGGACCCCCGCAGCCACCUGCAGUCCCUUGCUGGGACCCCGGAGGCCACUUACCAGACGACUGUGGAGCUCAUGUUCAGGGAUGUUCUGGAGGAGCCCAAGGAGGAUGAGCUGACAGAGAGGCUGAGCCACCACCCACACCUGCGGCUGUGCAGGUGACGUCUGGGCUGCCGUCCCAGCCCGGGAGGCAGGAGAGAGCGGCUGGCCUACGCGGGCGCCCAUCAUGAAGAGGCGGCCGUGUAUGGCCGGCCAAGCUAGAAGAGACCUUUCCUUUGACGGCCCGCUAAGCUGGGGAGGAGGAACCACGUCCUUUGCGCGCGGCCUGACAACCGUCUUCAGAACGGCUGCUGGAGCUUUGGGAAGGGGCCGCACCCCCGCCUGCCUUUAGAGCUGCGUCAGUGAGAAUUCCCUCGAAGACUCCACAGGGACCUUUCAGACAAGCAAGCAAGAAGCAGCGGCCUCCCCCGUGCCUCGGGGCCCACAGCCUGCCCGGGGCUGCACAGGGUUAACCAGCGGAGUCCCAGGGCGGCCAGGCGGGGGUGCUGGCGGUUUGUCAUGGAGAGCACCCUGACUGUGUUUUGUUAUUUUGUGGCUUGUAUGAGUGUGACUGGGUGUGUGUUUCUUUAGGGGCCUGAUUGCCAAUAAUUUUCAUCAAUACGUCUUGCAAAGAAUGGGAUAGUCAUUCUUUCUUCAGCGCAAUCCCCGCUUCUCUGGAGUAGGGUUGUUGUGUUAAGUUGGUUGGGUUGUGCACUGCACAAGGGCACGUGGC